AUGGGCAUCUCUGAACUGUGUCUCUGCACUUUGGACCUCCACAAUGUCACAGGGGCCGUGGAGUUCCUCCUCCUGGGGCUCUCAGAUGACCCCCAAGUCCAGCCCGUCCUCUUUGGCCUCUUCCUGUCCAUGUACCUGGUUACUGUCACAGGGAACCUGCUCAUCAUCCUGGCCGUGAGCUCCGACCCCCGCCUGCACACCCCCAUGUACUUCUUCCUCUCAGUCCUGUCUGUGACUGACAUCGGGUUCAUCUCCAGCACGGUCCCCAAGAUGAUCCUGGACAUCCACACCCAGAACAGAGGCAUGGCCUACGCCAGCUGCCUGGCUCAGCUGUCUUCCUUUAAUCUUUUGGGGUGUUUGGACAGUGUCCUCCUGACCGUGAUGGCCUAUGACCGCUUUGUGGCCAUCUGUCAUCCCCUGCACUACCCUGUCAUCAUGAACCCCCGGCUCUGCGGACUGCUGGCUCUGGCAUCUUUCCUUAUCAGCCUGGUGGAGUCCCAGCUGAACGUCCUUGUCAUCUCACAGCUGGACUUCUGUCCCGUGGUGGAAGUCCCCCACUUUUUCUGCGACCCACCUCAGCUCCUCAAGCUUGCCUGUGAUGACACCUCCACCCAGAACAUCCUAAUCUACAUCAUUGCUGCCCUCUUUGGGGCACUUCCAGCUUCUGGCAUCUUCUUCUCUUACUACAAAAUCGUGUCCUCCAUUGUGAAAGUCCCAGCCAAAGGGGGACGGCACAAAGCCUUCUCCACCUGCGGCUCCCACCUGGCUGUGGUUUGCUUGUUCUAUGGAACAGGCCUAGGGGUCUACCUCAGUUCCACCCUCCCAAGCGCCUCACGGAAUGGUGUGGUGGCCUCCGUGGUGUACACCGUGAUCACUCCCAUGCUGAACCCCUUUAUCUACACCCUAAGGAAUAGAGAUAUGAAGAGGGCCUUGCAGAGGUUGUUGCCUAGAACUGGCCCCAUGUGA